GACGCCUGCCGUUGGAGAGGGAGUGCUGAAUUUGUGAUAUGAACAUUUAAGUGUUAUAUCUGGAAGUGCGGACAGUGAGAAAUCCUCCGCGAUGGAUAUACCGGUGCCUCCUGAGGACCAGGAGUUGAGGAAUGUCAUCGACAAACUAGCACAGUUUGUGGCCCGGAAUGGCCCCGAAUUCGAGAAAAUGACAAUGGAGAAACAGAAAGAAAACCCCAAGUUCUCUUUUCUGUUUGGAGGCGAAUACUAUAAUUAUUACCAAUACAAACUGGCAAUCGAGCAGCAAUUGUUGUGUAAUCCAUCAGGGCAGGAAAGUGAACCUCCAACUGCAUCCCCUGUGCCAGCUCCAAUCCCAGCCCCAGUUCCUCCACCUGCCUCCACAGCUGUGCCUGUCCCAGCACCUGCCUCAACUCUAACUCAGCCACCCACACCUCCAGCUUCUGGCCAGCCACAGUUAGAGGAGUUGAUUCAGCAGAGUGUGUGGAAUCUACAGCAGCAGGAACAGCAUCUCCUUGUGCAAAGACAGGAGCAAAUAACUGCAGCAAUUGCCUUGGCAAUGGAACAACAAAUACAGAAGCUCCUGUCAGAGACGCAGCUGGACAUGACUGAAUUUGACAGCCUGUUACAACCCAUUAUCGACAGCUGUACCAAAGAUGCCAUCUCAGCUGGUAAGAACUGGAUGUUUAAUAAUGCAAAAACCCCACAACAUUGUGAGCUGAUGUCUGGCCACCUGAGAAACCGUAUCACAGCUGAAGGAGCUCAUUUUGAACUACGCCUUCAUCUGAUCUACUUGAUAAAUGAUGUGCUGCAUCACUGUCAGCGGAAACAGGCCCGAGACCUGCUUGCAGCCCUGCAGAAAGUCGUGGUUCCUAUUUAUUGCACCAGCUUCCUUGCUGUGGAAGAGGACAAACAACAGAAGAUUGCACGGCUGUUGCAACUGUGGGAGAAAAAUGGUUACUUUGAUGAGUCAAUUAUUCAGCAGUUGCAGAGCCCAGCUCUUGGACUUGGACAGUAUCAGGCCUCGCUCAUCACAGAGUUUGCAGCUGUGGUUCAGCCCAUUCAGAUGGCAUUCCAGCAACAGAUCCAGACCCUGAAAGCCCAUCACCAAGAGUUUGUGGACAGUCUCACCAAGCAUCAACAUCAACCACCCCAGCCUCCACCCCAGCCUCAGCCCCAGCCCCAACCCCAGGCACAGCCCCAAACACUGCUGGAACCUGAGGCUCCACCACCCCACAUCCCAAUGCCUCCGAGCCAAGAUCUGCCAGCUCUCUCACCAACUGAAACACAAGAUGAGGUCAAGCCACCACAUUCCCUCCCUGAAAAUGUGCCAAGUGGAGGGCAAGAACCCAGUCCAGCAGGACAACGAGGACCUGGGCAGCAUGAGCACUCCUCUUCUAAGCCACCUUGGUUCGAACGUCCUGCCAUGCCACUGUGGGGCCAACAGCAACAGUUUGACCAAGGGUUUAAUGCUCCACAUCAAGGACCACCUCAUUGCCAGCCCUGGAAUAAUAAUCAUGAAGGCAUGUGGAAUGACCAGAGGGAACAAAAUUGGAACAACCAACGGGAUGCUCCUUGGAACAAUCAGCAUGAGCCAUCCUGGAAUAAUCAGUUCGAACCUCCAUGGAACAACCAGCAUGAGCCACCGUGGGGAGGGCAGCGGGACCCACCAUUCAGAAUGCAGCGACCUCCACACUUCCGCCAGCAGCCCCCAUUCCCACCCCACCAGCAGCACCCACCAUUCAACCAGCCUCCACACCCCCACAACUUUAACCGCAUUCCUCCACGGUUCAUGCAGGAUGACUUUCCUCCUCGACACCACUUUGAUCGUCCUCCAUAUCCUCCGCACCAUUUUGACUAUCAACAAGGAGACUUUCCACCAGAUAUGGGCCCUCCUCAUCAUCCUCCACACCGAAUGCCUCCGCCAGGAAUGGGAGAACCCCCUCCAUGGGGUGGGCCCCAGCACCCAGAUUUUGCAGGUCCCCCGCCAGGUUUCAAUGGACAGCCUCCCCAUAUCAGACGGCAAGGGCCUCCUCCACCACAGAUAAGCCCGGAUGAUCCUAGCCUGGUGCCCAAUGUUCCAUAUUUUGAUCUCCCAGCAGGAUUAAUGGCACCACUGGUGAAGCUGGAAGACCAUGAUUACAAGGCUUUGGAACCUAAAGACAUGCGCCUUCCACCUCCAAUGCCACCUAAUGAGAGGCUUCUUGCUGCAGUUGAAGCAUUUUACAGCCCACCAUCACAUGACAGACCAAGAAACAGUGAAGGUUGGGAGCAGAAUGGACUGUAUGAAUUUUUCCGAGCCAAAAUGCGAGCCAGGAGGAAAAAGGGGCAAGAAAAGAGGAACAGGGGGGGCCCAAGCACAUCUACACCUGGAACUAUGAAACCAGGACCCCGUUUGGAACCCCAUGAGACCAGUAGUGGAGUCAAAGCGGAGAAGCGUGGGCGAUCAAAAUCCCGGAGUCGGUCACGGAGCAGGCGUUCAUCCUCUGGCUCAAGCUCAAGAUCUUCACGGUCUUCCCGCUCUUAUUCUAGAUCAAGGUCGCGGUCUCGAUCUCGUUCACGUUCACGUUCUUACUCCGGUUCACAUUCUAGUCACAGUAGGUCAAGGUCAUCUCGGAGCAGGUCUCGCUCACGCUCUCGCUCACGUUCACGAUCUUUUUCACCAGGAAAGAGGAGAGUAUCAAGGUCACGGAGCCAGACUCCACCUCUGUCUCCAGGUCUCAACGGGAUGAGAGGAAAAGGAGGGAGGGAAAGAGAGACACAAAAUGUACAGAGAUUAAGAAACCUACAGAACCAAGAGAAUCUGAGAGUUUCAGGAGGAGAAAGAAAGAAAAGUUCCACAACAGGACUUGGAGGUGGUCCUGUCACCCUCACUCCUGAUCAGAGACUAGGGGAAGAAAACAAAGGACAUCAGCUGUUAAUGAAGAUGGGCUGGAGCGGAUCAGGCGGACUUGGGGCAAAGGAACAGGGCAUUCAAGACCCAAUCAAAGGAGGAGAGAUUCGUGAUAAAUGGGACCAGUAUAAAGGAGUGGGUGUCCCACUUGACGAUCCCUAUGAGAAUUAUCGAAGAAAUAAGAGUUACUCUUUCAUAGCUCGUAUGAAAGCAAGAGAUGAAAUGAAGAAAGAAAUACAGGAGCAGCCACCCCCAGAGUGAAGAACGCUUAAAAUGGUGGAGCUGUGUUUGUUCUGCUUCAGAUGGUGACAUCACUCCCAUAAUUCAAUAACAAGGACUUAGAUACUCAAGCUACUUCCUGUUGGACUGAUCAAUCAAAGGGGGCCUCAAAGCAGAGUAUUUUAGGGUUGGGACGUAAGCAGAGGAUUAAAUCCCUAUUGAACCUUUAUGUAGAUUGGAUAUACUGUAAUUUCAUUUUCACAUGGGGGUACCUGCUUAUACAAUGAUGUGUUUUUCCCAGUGUAUUUUUUUUAGGUGAAGCAGUACAAAGUUGUAGGCAUCAAUGAUAGGACGAGAAUUUUUAUACUGACUAAUUGUAAAUGUCUGUGUUGGCUUAAAAUUGGACAUUUUGACUGCCUCCUCCGUUGUGUAGUAAGGAAAGAAUCUGAUGUCUUGAAGUAUUUCACUUCCCCUUUUGUGUUUAGUUACUGAGAGGUGUGCCUGGAUUGUUAACACUCUCUUGUUUGAUCAGUCACUAGACUAGACCUAAUGUGAACUUUUGUGAACCAUUUUAACCUGUUCAUCUGAAUUGCAGGAGUAAAGUUUCUCAAUCAGUAAUUCUUUAAUUAAAUACUUUCUGUUUAUUGUGGCAACCUCCAAUUUUGUCACCAAAGUUCCUGCCCCUCCGUAUUCUGCUAAUGUAGACACAACAACAACUUGUAAGUAUUGUAUCACCUUUAACAUUAUAAAACAUCCAAGGCAUUUCACUGGUGUGAUAGAAAAUUUGACACUGAGCCUCAUGAGGUAUGACGAAAAGAGACUAAGGGAUUGAUCAAAGAUAUAACUUUUAAGAAGGAGAGAAUGUUAGAGACGUGAAGAGACUCAGCAAGGGAAUUGCAGAACUUAAUGCUUAGGCAUCUGAAAAUACAGCUGCCAGCACAAUUCAAAUGAGUAUCACUGUGACACAAUACUAUGUGAUCAGUGCUGUGACUGGUGUAUUUCUCUAGCAUUAAUUUGAGUAGAUGCCCCUCAUGAUGUUUAUACCCAUAGUCCUGUUUACUAUCUCGUUUCCACCCAUGAAUGUGAGAUACAAGUAGAUCUUGCUAGACUUCCAACAUAAGUUAACAGCAUAGGUAGGCUAAUGGGGGAUAAGAGAACUCUGUUACAGCAUUAUUCUUGUCAUCAAACUGCCAGUAAGAAUACACAGCCAAUCUUGACACUUUGAUAUUGCUUUGAUACAAUUUCCACCAGCGCAGAAGUUCACCCUUGUAUUAAAAACAAAGGAUUUUUGCAGAUUAUUUCUCUCAACUCGUAAAAAAGCGUGAACCAUGUGGUCAUCCUAGUUUGCUGAUACACAGUACACCUAGCUGUGUUUGAACUCAUUAAUAUCAGCAAGACAACUGUUACCCAUUGAAUUGUGUUUCCUCCUGCCAUUGACUAUCAAUAGAAAUUCACGCUGCCGAAAUCUGCUCCUUGCUGCCACAUGAAAUAGCUGUUUUUGUGAUGAGCAGCCCAAGAUCUUCUGCUUUCAUUAUAUUUCUCACCCCUAACUCCAUGUUGCAUAUUUCUGUCCUCACUCUUAAGAAUAUGUAAUAGGAUCAAUGAUUGCCUUUAAUAUUAGUAGUUAAAGGACCUGAUUUCCGAGACUGUGGUUUUGACCAGGACCAGCUUGGAAUAAAAUUUGUAGUAUAUUCAGCUGAGCUUUUCUAGAGAAGUUUCUGUUGGGGUAUGGUAUGUCUACACUGUGGUCGUAAUUUUACAAAGCAUUUGAGCGCACAAAGCUAGCCAUUUAGCCUAUUUUUUUAAAAGGCUGUCCUCGCACCCUUCACUGUCUAACCCCCUUGAGGAUAUUUCAUUUCUUUUCCCCUCAAAUCUGCAACAUAAACAAAUAUAUGAUGUAUUUCAACCACCUAUUCUUAGCACUCCCCAAUUCAGCAGAAGCUCAAACUGCAUUUGAAAAUUGUCCAGGUUCUAUUCUUGCUGAAUGAGGAGAUUUCCAAGUGGUUUAAGGAGGCCACAAAGGUAGAUAAAGGGGAACCAGUUGAUGUAAUGUAAUAUAUUUGGAUUUCCAAAAAACAUUCACUAAGUUACAACAUAUAAAGAUGGCUAAUUAGCUGAGUAUGUGAAGUUGGGGUAAUAUAUUAGCUGUGAUUGAGGAUUGGGUAACUAAUAAAAGUCAGAGUUGGGAAAAGGACGGUGAUUAAAGGCUGGCAGCAUGUAACUAGUGGUAAUUCCACAGGAAUCAGUGCUGGUUAAUAGUUAUUUACAAAACAUAUCAAUGAUUCGGAUAAGGAAAGUGAAUGUAUAUAUACGUUUGUAUUUGACAAAAAGUGGUUAGGCAUGUGAUCAGGAUGACUGUCUGCAGAGGGAUAUUGACAGAUUAACUGACUGAACAAAAAUCUGGCAGGUGAAAUGCAAUGUGGGAAAAUCUGAGAUUAUGUACUUUGGCAGAAAGAGUAGAGGAGCUGAAUAUUAUUUAAAUGGAGAUAGACAACUGCAACACAGAUGAUUUGGGGUCUUCAUACAUGAAUUACAAAAUGUUGGCAUCCAAGUUCAGCAGGUAAUAGGGACAGGAAAUAGAUUGUUGGCUUUUAUUUCGGAGGGAAUGGAUUAUAAUAAUUGGGAGGGUUUUCUAAAACUAUAUAAGGCACUUAUCAAACAGCAAGCAGUUCUUUUGGAAGCAAUCUAGAGAAAGUUUACAAUGUUGAUUCUGGGAAUGAGUGAUUUUCUUACGAGGAGUUUAGAAUGAGAGGAGUCCUUAUUAAAACAAGUUUCUUAGGUGGCUUGGCAGCGUAGAUACAGCAAAAUUGUUUUCCCUUGUUGGAGCCUGGAGGAGCAGGGGUAUAAUCCCAGAGUAAAGGAUUACCUAUUUAAAACAAAAAUGAGCAAUGUUUUUCUUAGGGUAAUGAAUCUGGGAUGCAUUAGUGCAGAGGGCUGCAUUGUUAAGUAUAUUCAAGCUGAGAGACAUUCUUAAGCAGUAAAUGUGAAGGGCAAAAGCAGGAAAAGGGAAUUGAGGAUUAUCAGAUCAGCCAUGGUCUCAUUAAAUGCCAGAACAAAUUUAAUGGGCUGCAUGGCCCAGAGGGAGGGGUGUCUUCAAAUUUUCAAUGGGCAAGGCGUGACUGAGGAUUUUUCCUUCUGAUAGUUAUUCUUGCAAUUCUGCUACAUGAUAGGCUGGUCUUGGUUGGGACAAACCAGAAGAAACUUUCCUUGGGCUCAGAUUUAAACCUAUCAAAUUCCAGACUCAAAACCCAGAAACAUCUGGAUGUUUGAUGUUGAGUGGAAGCUUGUCCUUGCUAUGAGUUUUUUUUAGUUCAUUCAUAGGAUGAGGAUGUUGUGGCUAGGCAGCAUUUAUUGCCCAUCCCUAAUUGCACAGAGGGCAGUUAAGUGUCAACACAUUGCCAGUAUAUCUUCAGUAAUAGUAUCAUUAGGCCAUCAUCUGCCUGUGCAUGUCUGGAGUCACUAAUGUUGCUAAUGUGUUUCUCGCUGAAUGAAAAUGCUGGAGAUUCUGAGUAGGUCUGGCAGCGCGUGCUAGAAAGAAAUAGGCUAAGGUAGGAAAUCUGUGCCUUUCAACAAUAUUCUGAUUCUGCCAGACCUGAAUGUUUUGUUUUGAUAUCAGAUUUCCAGCAUCUGUACAACGUCACUUUUGAGUUUCUAUCUGAAUACAGCUCCAGAAAAUGCUGCUAUUGAAGCUCCUCUCCUACAAUUUCCUUCAAGGUGUUUUGGGAAUUCUUUGAAUUUUCGUUCCCUACCCAACACACACACACACACACACACACACACACACACACACACACACACACGAUAGUGAUGUCAUGCUGGCAUUCAGUUCCCACAUACAUUGGCAGUCAUUGAUAGCUCACUCAACAAUCUGUGCUUCAUGUAUACGACUAUAUCAACAAUGACUUGUUUUUAAAGUGCCCUUAACGAGUUGCAUCACUGCCAGGGGACAGGGAAGGAAAACAACUGGAUCUGUUCCUGCGUGUUUUUUACAUUUGUUCAUGGGAUGAGGACGUGGCAGGCCAGUCCAGCAUUUAUUGCCCAGAGGGCAGUUAAGUGUCAAUCAUAUUGCGGGGCCUGGAGUCACAUGUAGGCUAGGCCAAACCAGGUAAGGAUGGCAGUUUCCUUCCCUAAAGGAUAAUGUGGGUUUUCCCGAUAAUUGAAAAUAGAUUCACAGUCAUUGUUAGGUUCUUAAUUCUAGAUUUUUAUUUAAGUCAAAUUCUACUAUCUGCCAUGGCAGGAUUUGAACUCAGGUCCCCAGAACAUUACCUGGGUCUCUGGAUUAAUAGUUCCGUAAUAAGAUCACUUGGCCAUUACCUCCCUAUGCAUGUGUUUCUCUUUAGGAAGCUUUUUGCCAGCAUGUGGAUAUUAGAGGACCUCUUGUCUCCACAAGUGAAAUCUGUUCAAUUUUGCAUAAACCAAUGAUCAAAUUUGGCAGCUUCCACAUAGUACAACACAUCAAGCCAUGAAUGUCAAGAAUCAAGCCAUUGAAAAGGAGAGUGUGGCUAUUGGUUAGAAUACCAAUGACUUGGGAGAGGUUUUGAAGAAAGUGGAGACCAAUACGAUUAUCAGUGUUCAUUAACCACAGAGGAGCAGAAAAUUUAGUGAUUCACCCACUGACUGAAUUUCUGAGGUGCCUGUGAUUUUCUGUUUUGUAGCUGGCACCAGGCUGCAACCUCUGGCCUCACUGAUGGAUUACAAGUACGAGCUAUCGCUGCUCUAUUACAAGUUCGGUGGUGUGUGUGAUACAAAGGAAUGCUGGCUAAAUGAAGGACAGAACUUUUUCUUUGUUUUUAUAUUUGGAAAAGUUUAGGUGAUUCUGUUAUGAAGAAAUGUAUUGUGAGCUGUGUUCCUCUCUGGUGUGAGCUAAAAGAUCAAAAACACCAAAUAAAGUGAAAGGUCAUUCCGUUAGAAUUAUUUGUACAUGUAGCAACUAAUAUUGGUUCUCUUGUCUCUAACACAAAUUGACGUUUUCCCUCCAUUUUCUGGGUGUAAUUGAGACACCGAGCGGAAUGUUUCUAUCUUUGGACUGACUCUGAAAGUGGGCGAGAUUUCAGGAAGGAAAAUUGUAGCCUACUAAAUUGAGAAAGCCUGUAGUAUCUUAUGGCAACCGGGCAUCUGUUUGGCAGUCAGUAGGUUUCCUACCGGAAUGUGGACCCUGAACCAAGGAAUCCUAGUGGCUGCUGAACCUGGAAAUGCUGCAGAGGAGGUGUCCCUGACUCUGAUACUCACAGGAUAAAGUAUCGCCCAUGGCAAAAGCAAGUUCAAGCUGUUUGGGUUUGGCCAAGUGGAGGUGGGGUUUUCGGAAGCAAAGGUGGGGGUUUGACUCUCUGACCAUGUCCUUUCUGAGACCCAGUCCACCCACCAAUAUUAUUAUGACCACCCAUUUCCAACACCUAAACUGGCAGCCUGCCUGCACUGGUUAACCAGUGGUCAUUUAUCACUAAAGACCUCAAAUUGUAGUCAGGAGGAAAGGUGGAUCUUGGACCUACUCACCAAAACUUAAUUCAGACAUGGUCAGGAAGAUGGCUAGAUUCUAGUCUACCAUGCCAGUCCUGUCUGAUUCAGUUUGGAUCACUUCACACCUCCAGGCCGUGAAGAUUGUGGCAAUGGUUUUGAGGAGGAGUGAAUUCAUUAGGGUAAUGAAACCUUCAGGUCAGCACGUUUUCAGGGCUUUGCUCCUGAUGGUUCUAAUUGUCUUUGCUUGUUCAUAAGUUAAAGUAACUGAUAAGUUUCCUUUUGUUUGACCAGGGCUAUGGGAAAUUGAUGAAUAGUUGUUAGAAAGGGAUAUGGAAUCAGAAUUUACUUUGUGGCAUAGAACUGAUGCUGACUCAAGUUUAACUGGCAAAGGAGGACGUAGGGAGGAAUUCAGGACAGUCACCAUAAAGGAGUUCUUCAAAUUGCUGUUGAGCAAUUGAAAUUUUACUGAUUCAGAUAUGUGAAGAAUGUUGGUACAGGUUUGUCCUUCAUUGAAAUUCAUACUUCACUGGUGCACUAGACAUUAAUAGGGAUGGCACGGUGGCUCAGUUGUUAGCACUGCUGCGUCUCAGUGCCAGGGUUUGAUUACGCCCUUGGGCAACUGUAUGGAGUUUGCACAUUUUCCCCAUGUCUGCAUGGGUUCCUCUGGGUGCUUUGGUUUCCUCCCACAGUCCAAAGAUGUGCAGGUUUGGUGGAUUGGCCUUGCUAAAUUGUCCAUAGUGCUCAGGGAUGUGCAAACUACAGAGAUGGGAAAUGUAGGGUUACAGGGAUGGGGUGGGUCAGUGUGGACUUGAUGUGCCAAAUGGCCUGCUUUCACCCUGUAGGGUUUCUAUGAUCCUAUUUUAAUACUCACAUGGUAUUGUCACAUUGUAUUGGAAAAUAAAAGACUUAUCCAAGAA